UCAUCUCCGCACAGCCGAGCCAACACGAGGCGCCGUCUUGACGAGCCGCGAGAGACGGCCGACUGCGACAGCGAUCACGCAGCGACACAUCAGAGGUGCAGCGAGUCGAAACAUAGAGCCAGUGAAGCACGCGCUGUCGCGGGAGGAGAGAUGAAGACAGCAAGCAGAGUAGCUGCACUUGCCCUGUUGACAACCUCCGCCGCAUGGACCCCUGCGCCUGCCAUCAGUGGUCGAGCGGUCAGCAGGUGCGCGCGCCGAGCCCAUCAAAGUUCAAAAAACGCCGGAGCGCCGCACCGCGCCACCCGCCUCCCACGCCCUCACGCGAUAACACCACGCAGGGCACGCGACACGCGAUGCCGGGCCAUGACCGAGAUCGGCUCCGAGCAGGCCUUUGACGACAUCGUCCAGAAGACGGACAAGCUCGUGGUUGUGGAUUUUGCGACGACGUGGUGCGGGCCGUGCAAGGUCAUGGAGCCCAAGAUGAACCAGAUCUCCGAGGAGUACACCGACGCCGAGUUCUACAAGGUCGUCGGCGACGCGUCCGCCGACGCCUCCAAGCUCAUGAAGCGCGAGGGCGUCCGCACGGUGCCGAGCUUCCACUUCUGGAAGGGCAACUCGCGCGUCGAGGUCAUCAACGGCGCGAACAUCGAGGCCGUCACCAAAGCCGUGCAGAAGCACAAGGACGCGUGAGGCCGCCUUGAGCUCUAACACCAAUGAUUAACCUCGACUAGUAGUACCUUGUGCGCGUCGACGGCGUCGGUGGCGCCACCUAGGAAGAGUCACGAAACACAAGGAAUUA